GUUUCCUACCAUCUUUGCUCUCACACUCAUGGAGUAGUGCUCUCCCGGAAAUCAGAAGGUGAGCAUUUUACUCCGGAGCAUUUCUUCUCAGGAACUGUUACAAUACAGAAGAGUAUCCUAACCGUUAGAUUCUCCCUUGGAAAUAUUCCGUCCGUAACAUUUACACUACAAUCUUCCUUGUUAUAUUUAAUCCAAUGUAAAUACAUUAUAGUCUCACCUACUAAUCACCGUUUCUUCUCUUCUAGUACCUUUGAUUACAAUAAUAACUACCGCCACCAAAAAUUGGGACCAAUAACUUCUCACACGGUUUUAACCCUAGACCCUCAAACUGGACGCGUCCUGAAAAAAUGGGGAAAAGACAUAUUCUACAUGCCACACGGACUUACAAUCGACCACCACAACAACAUGUGGAUAACAGACGUGGCCAGACAUCAGGCGUUCAAGUUUUGCCCCGACAUGGACGAACCGCAGUUGAUUUUUGGACAGAAUUUCGAACCGGGAGACGACAAAGAUCACCUUUGCAAACCGACCUCAGUUGCUGUUGCUUCCACCGGUGAAAUAUUCAUCGCCGACGGUUACUGCAACAGCCGAAUUUUAAAGUUUACGGCGUUGGGGCGUCUUAUGAGAACAAUACCCAGUGGAAAUGAAUGUCUCUCUCUGUCCGUUCCUCAUCAUACGGCGUUAAUAGAGUCUUUGGACCGAAUUUGUGUCGCCGAUAGAGAAAAUAAAAGAGUGGUUUGUCCUUCUGCAGAGCUUAGUGAGAGAUCUUUGACGCAGCCGCUUACAAUUCAAACUCCAGAUAUGGGUCGAAUUUUUGGAAUAGCGGCAGUAGGUGAAAUUAUUUAUGCAGUUAAUGGACCAUCAUUACCUUUCGAUAUGCAGCUUCCGGUCCAGGGAUUUAUUAUUAGCGCCGAAAAUGAAACAGUGAUCGGGGAUUGGGGUCCAUUUGAGAAAUUUCAAAAUCCGCACGCUAUAGCGGCGUCGCCCAACACAUCGUCGCUUUACGUUGUCGAAAUUGGGCCCAACAAAGUUUGGAAAUUUAAUUUGGUACGUGGAAAACAAUAAGGAGGAUAACGUAAUCUUCUGCCCAUAGUAUAUUAUUAAUAUUAUACAAAUUU